GUAAGUCAGACUUUACCAACUUAAAUCUAAUUGUUGCGUUAUUUCUACAGUUUAGGUAACUUAAGAGCACUUUUGCUUGCGCAUUUUCUGUAUGAGAUUCAGGCUAUAGUCCAAAGUUUGCCUAUUCUUAUUGCAUUAUAGAUACCGAUGUAUUCAAAAAGAGAGAAGAAAUAUUUUCAGAAAAUUGAAGACUCCCUAGUUUCUAACUCAGAACUUGUUGAAUCUAGCCAAACAGAGAUCCAGGACAGUAACAUUGGAGUCUUUAGUAUUCUGAACAAAGUUGAUCGCUACAGAAAUAUUUUUGGAAUAAUAAAGGAGCAAGGCACUCGAAAUAGUCAACUAUCAGAAGAGAAUCUUCAAAACUUGUUCAGUUUGAUGAACCAGGACAAAAAUCUAAACCGCUCAUGGAUUAAUAUGGCUAAAAGAUUCCAUAUGAAAAAGUUUUCAAGUAAUAAAAAGACUCCUCAAAGAAAAGAUUUGAAUCAAGAGGAAAAAGAAAUAGAAAAUUGAGCGGGAAACCUCAAAAGUCCUAAAGAUAUAAAAAUCGAAAACUGAGAAAAUUCUAAUGAAAUAGACUUAAGAAGAAUGAACGAAAGAACCUCUAAUAUGUCAACUGAAGAAAUAAUUAUCGAUACAAAAUCAGAAGAAUCUAAAGAGAAGAAAGAAGAAAUUUCUACAAACAAAGAAACUCAAAUACCCCCUCAGAAAUAUGAGAGCUGAAACUCUUCAUGAGAGAAUAACCACCCCAGCAGUGAGCCAGAGGAUAAAUGAACUCUCAAGUAUUCUCAAUAUUCUGAAUGUGGCUCUUCAGACUCCAAGAAGAAGGCUUUAUCAAAAGAGUUGACCAGUGAGCAAAAAGCAGAAAUACUCGAUAAAAUAACUAAUAUAAAACUUGGUGAAAAAGUUAGUGAUUGCUCUGAUCUCUUCUCUUCCUUCUACAAAAUGGAAAUAACAAACCUAUACUUGAAGCCAUCUCAGGAAAUCUUUAAAAUCAUGAGAAAGCCAACAAGGAAGAGAGGGAGAAAGAAGGAUCAAAAGGUUCAGAGACCUAGAAACCCUCGAAAAAUUGAUAAAUCAUCCCUCAUGCUUAAAACAGACAGAAGAAAAAGAAUAAAAUCUUCUCACAAGAAUGUAAGAGAAGAAGCUAACAGUCUCUCACAAACGAAAUCAAAGUGAUCAGAGACUUCUAAAUGCUUAAGAAAGCCUAAAAAAUUACAAAGGAAAUGUCCUUCUUAUCUUGCUAGACCAAAGUCGCCCACAGAAGUGAAAAAGAUACAGCCAUCUCUUGAGAAAAUGAAUCCAAAGAAUACAAUAGCUUUUAAAGAAUAUUUGGCCUCUAACCUUGAAAAGCUUGGCUUGAAUCUCAGCGAAUUGACCAUAAUGCUGAAGGAAUCUAAUUACUUGAAAAAUGCAUGUGCUCAUUCUUCAAAUAAGGACGCUAUUGAUAUGUUUUUAUCAAAACUCAGGUCUAACAGCAUGCAUCAUAAACCAGAAGAUUUAAAACUAAUCAUUGAGUUUCAUACUGCCUUCAUGGGAAGAGAUAACUUAAACUCUCAGGAUGUAUAUGACUUUAUUCUGUCAUGCCCAAAGCCGAUUAUAGAGAAGCAGUACCUCAUUCUGUGGCUAAAAUGUACAUUUAGAAUGAAUUGCAAUGAAGUGGGUAUUUCACCUAUCAACGCAAUCUCUUCUAGAUAAGAGUUUUAAUUAUUUGCUUAAACACAAUUUACA